CCUGAGAACGACAUGUCCCCGGCGGUUGAGGCAGAGCGGCCCGUGGCGCUGUUUCUCUGAGUCCAGGGCGGCCUGGAGGCCGGCUGAGGACGACGGUUGGCGGAGGCUGCCCCGGCUGUGGUGGCCGCCAUGCUGGGGGCCCGGGCGGUUGAGGGAGACGCUGUGGCGCUUCUGCGACUGCUGCUGCUGCUCGGCGUGGUUGGCUCGGCGGGAGCCGGGUUGCCCGAGAGCGUUAUUUGGGCCGUCAACGCGGGCGGCGAGGCGCAUGUGGACGUGCACGGGAUCCACUUCCGCAAGGACCCUUUGGAAGGCCGGGUGGGCCGAGCCUCUGACUAUGGCAUGAAACUGCCAAUCCUCCGUUCCAACCCUGAGGACCAGAUCUUAUAUCAAACUGAGCGGUACAAUGAGGAGACCUUUGGCUACGAAGUGCCCAUCAAGGAGGAGGGGGACUACGUGCUGGUGUUGAAAUUUGCCGAGGUCUACUUUGCACAGUCCCAGCAGAAGGUAUUUGAUGUGCGAUUGAAUGGGCAUGUUGUGGUAAAGGACUUGGAUAUCUUUGAUCGUGUUGGGCACAGCACAGCUCAUGAUGAAAUCAUCCCUAUGAGCAUCAGAAAAGGGAAGCUGAGCGUCCAGGGCGAGGUAUCCACUUUCACAGGGAAACUCUACAUCGAAUUUGUCAAGGGGUACUAUGACAAUCCCAAAGUCUGUGCACUCUACAUCAUGGCUGGGACAGUGGAUGAUGUACCAAAGCUGCAGCCUCACCCAGGACUGGAGAAGAAGGAAGAGGAGGAAGAGGAAGAAGAAUACGAUGAAGGAUCUAAUCUCAAAAGACAGACCAAUAAGAACCGGGUGCAGUCAGGGCCCCGCACGCCCAACCCCUAUGCCUCGGACAACAGCAGCCUCAUGUUUCCCAUCCUGGUGGCCUUCGGAGUCUUCAUUCCAACCCUCUUCUGCCUCUGCCGGUUGUGAGAACAAAUUACCAUCCUGAACAGGGUGGAGGGGUGUGGGAAAGAAACCAAACAUGCUCGUUUGGCUUCUGUAUUUUUCAUGGUGAUUAACAAAAACAAACAGACAAACAAACAAACAAACUAAAAAACCACAAAAAUAUUAAAGGAGAUAAAAAGAGGCAGAGUGAGUAGAGAGCAGCCCUCGUUCACCACCUGGUCCCAGACCUGCUUCAGCCCUAGUCCUGUCUUUGUGGCUGGCCCCAGCCACCUCUUUCUUCUCUAGGGUACUUAGGGUAACUGGGUCCUGCCUGUGCAAGGAUCCUUGUCUGUAUACCUAGUGGAAAGGACUCUGAACUUGGAGCAGACACCUUUUUUUAGGUUAGAAUUUAACAGCAGGGAAAAGGUCAUCUUAUUACCUGAGAAGACCAGCUCUGGGAGUUGGGUAUGUUCUGAAGUUAUGUCCAGAUACAUUUCCAGAUGUCCUGGGAUUGAGAGUAUGUGUGGUUUGUGUGUGUGUGAAGCUGUAUAAUUUGUAUGAUAAAGAUGAACACAGAAGGGAGUUUUUAAAAAAGAAAGAAAAGUAGAUACUUUCUUACUGGGAAACCUCUCUGGUUUUAGCCCAAUAAUGGUUCCACCUAAGUGUUUGAACUUUAUCAUUGCUGUCCCCCCGACAUGUGCCAGUUAGAGGACUGUCUGGUAUCCAAGACAAUUAGUUUAUGUCAGGUCCUCAAAUUGCCUCUGACUUGUAACCACAGCAAAUCAUUUUGAUUUCAGUGCCUGUUGGGGACUUGUUUUUUCUCUCUCUCUUUUUUUUGUUUCUUAAUCUGGCUCAUUUGAAAUCUCUUCUCUGUCUCAACCAUUCACUAAAUUAUUGCCAAGAAGGGAAGGAGACAUGAGAACUUGGGACUCCCUCUGCUUGAAUGUCUUAUCAUCUACCGCUUCACCCUGAUGGUACCUCCCUCCCUGGAUCUCUGAGCCAGCAGCCAGGAAGACCUGACCCAGCAGUUCUUUUACUGGCCCCUUUGUAGGGUCUUGCUGCCAGGGGACAGAGACGCUUUCCAGCCUGCAGCAACAGAACACUUGACCUUAAGAGUCUCUUCUGGUCUUUGGAUUAGAAAAGGCUUAUGUUAGCAUAAUUUAAGAGCAACCUCAAGAGACUUGAGCCCUACUAAGUGACUGACCACUGUUUAGAGUGUCUAGUAUCUGAUGUUCAUUUAUUCCUAUGUCCUUCUAUGUCACAGUUCAUCCAGUUUUGGGUUAUGCCUAGAGCUGCCCCAGGGAACUAGACUGAUUGUCUAUAUCUGACGCAGUGACACUGCUCACUGGUCUUAAUACUAUGCCUCUCUAUCCUUUCACUUUCCUACCCAAGUAGCAGUCAGGUUCCUGGUGUGACAAGGCUGAAAGAUUUCCAGUCUCAGCCGUAAUCCUGGCAGCUCUGAAGCCAACCUUAGCAUCUAAGUGUGUGUCUUGAGUUCCCUGGAAAAUUUUCUGCAGAAAAUAAAGCUUCCCUGUUUCCUUCUUUUCUGGUCACUGUCACCCUUCUCCCAGCUACAAGGAGUUUUGUGGAUGGAAGGCAGCAGGAUUCGCUUCUGCGUGGGCUGGAGCAGCAAAGAAUCUCAAUCUCAGGCCAGGCCGAUUUUUUAAAGAAUAUGUUUAAUUUUGAGUUUGCCUUCUUGGGUAUGUUUUGAAAGAGCUCUAUCUAUUUGAACUACUUGUUAUGUGACAAAGUAAGUAGCCCUUGGGCUUAUGUCCUGGCUUUGGCUUUUCCUGAGUUCCUCCAAUCCAGCAUUUCAUCCUUUGAGAGUUGCAGCCCUUUGUUUAGCUGCAGCUUAGGCCUCCAUGCUAGAGCACUGAGUUGGGCAGCUGGACAGCUGUGGCCUAUGGCUGCCAUCGGAAGAACACUUUUUGGAGUGCUUUACAAAGCUCCCUGCUUUAAAAGAUGUCCUAUAACCUUGAUCCUGGAACCACCUACCUGGGGGCAGAGGACAUCCUGACUAUUAAUUAGGCUUCUGACAGUGGCUUCGCUCCCCAUUCCAUCACAACUCCCCAAAGCCACAGGCCACUGCCAAUACAGUUGACAAGAUGAGGAAGGAAGACUUGCUGCCUCCAUUCUGCCUUGUUAAUUUGCCUGGGUCUCUCUGAGGAAGGACGGAUCCCCACCUCCUCACCUCAACCCAUCCCUUCAGUGACUCAGAGUCUCAGAAGGAAACCCUGGCUCCUGGGGCUAUUUCCUAACGGUACUGUAAGCCAAGCAGCUUUGCUUCUGCCUCUGUUUCCAAGCCCACCCUUUUCCCCUGAGCUCAGGGAUAGGGAUGGGCACUUUCCUCUUUGGUUGUGUCUGAAAGGAAGGAACAUCUUUCUAUGGCUGACAAAAAUUAAAGGGGAAAUGAGGAAACAGGAAGAAGUGCUGGGGGCUGGGGUAGAGUCCCCGGAGCCAAGGGCUGCUCGCAGCUGGCUCAUGAUGCUGAACUUGAAAGGUUUUUUUGUGUUUUUUUUUACACUCCAAGAUGAUAUAGGUACAUGAAGUUUAGGUUAAAAGGGUGGGAUGGGGCACUCUAUUUUUAUUUUUGUAUUAUGUGGGUCAGGAAUUAGUCUGUAGUUCAUCUUUUGCUUUUUGCACUGUUUGUUCCCAUGCCUGUAUUUUGAGCUAGUGCUAGGACUGAGAGCAUGCAUUGUAGAGGUCUGACUGGGGUUGGGGGAGUGAUGAGUGAUGCCAGUUAGGAGUGGGGACGGAGAGGAGGCCUGGGCUCCCCUGCUGGAUCCACACUCUUUCCUAGGGCUUUUUAGCUCCCCCUGAGCCCAGUUUGCCAAAGCUAAGAGUAGACAGUCAAGGUGGAACUCCUUUUGCCAGAAGUGUGGCUUCAGUUGUUCUGGGUGGACCACACAAAAAUGUCUGCUGAAGAUGGGCUGAGCGUCUGUGGUGUAGCUCUGAUUUGGGUCAGGGGCCAGCUGGCCUCUAAGGGAACUUUUUUGGGCUUCACUCAUGUUGAAACAUUGUUCCAGGAAACAAUCUGUGGGACCCACAGUCCCCUAAACCAGACCCAUUUCUCAUAAAAAUCUCCACUGUUAAGGAGAAGCUGCUCAGUGGAUACCUUGAAUUCUGGUAACUAGAAAGAUGGUCAUCUUCAAGUGUGAGUGGUAGUAGGCACCCAGGAGGACCACAGGGCCUGCAGGGCCACCUGUUGGUUUGAGAGUGUGAUCUUACUCUCUUGUUCCCAUUGUUUGCUUAAGAGAUACUGGCCUGAAAUUGGGGAUCACAUGAGAGGUCACUUAGGCUUUAAAGAGAUGGGGCAAAGUUUGAGUUAAGCAUACCUUCCUCUUUCUGUGCCUGGGAAUUGUUUAACCCAGUUUCAGAAUCAUGAUUUGACUUCUUUAUCUUUUUGGAGAAGCUUCCGUUUUAAGAAAUUUCUCUUCCUUCAUAUCCUGCCUCUACCCUUUCCUGGGAAGGCCUGGCCAUGGUUUCUGGAAUCUCAGUUGAAAGUCAGAAAACAGCAGCAGUAUAUUCCCUUUCCUAGCACUUAUAUACCUUUCCCUAAAAAUGACUCACCUUGGGAAGCCCAGGGAAAGGAUCAGCAGGUUCUCUACCCUCUCUAGGGAUUGGGGACAGACCCACCCCGGUCAGCACAGUGCCUUUUCCUCUCCUGCUCUGAGCCAGGGUGGGCAUUCCCUCUAGAUUCAGGUCUGGGCAGGGGUCUUUCAGUCCCUGCUAUGGGGCUGCUUCCCCAUCCCAUUUUCCCCCUCCCCUUCGCUGGCUGGCUCUGACCUAAUUCGUGUCUUCUUUCCUUGAGGAGCCUUAAUGGCAUCAAGUGGCAACAUGUAAUAUUGUCCUCCAUCCCUCUCCAAAAGGAUUGAGGAGAGCAGGUGAGCUUUCCAAAAUGAAAAACUGAUAGAUGCUUCAGUUUAAAAAGGGGUGGAGAUAUGCUUUGGGCCUCCUGCUGUGGCUCUGGGGUAAGAAGCCUCGGCUAAGGCUAGUGAUAGUGCAGAAGCAGAACCAGUAACACCGAGGAUCUGUUCAGAGAUCUCAGAAGAAAUCUUCUCUUCUAUGGAAAGAUGUAAUUAGGGAUCAAAGAGCUCUAAGAAAAUUGCAAAGAAGCCUUAAUGUUCAAGCUUCAGAGAGCUCAGAGUAAUUUUUCCCUUUCAGGCCAAGCUAGGACUCCCUGUAUUGAGCCCUCUCCUGGAGUAAGAGGGCUAGACUUCCUCAUUUUGUUACAAGACUAGAUUGGCACCAAUAGGUCAACUGCCCAGCAAGGGCGGGUUUCUUCUUUGUACAUGGGUGGCUUGCUGCCGAUCUGGUUUGGCCUUCCCCAGCUGCCUUUUGGCUAGCCUACUUUAGGUUGCCAAAUCAUUUUGAUAAGAGCAGACGAUUUGGGGAUUGGCUGGGUUGGCAGGAAAAGAGCAGGAUAGAUAUCUCGGGAUGGGUUCCCCCCAGGAGUAUAAAAACAAGGAGCCAGGAUUGUGCUGGCAGCCAGGAAGACAGUAGUGCCUGUUAGAGUUGGCAGAGAAGGCCUUGGCACCUCUUACAUCCAGGCAGUCUUGUGAGAUGGGGGCACGUUGCACCAGGCAAAGCAGAUCUCCGUUCUCACCUCUAUUUUGAGCUUCAGUGCUUUACUUCAGUAUGAGAAAAAAACAACAACAAACUGAAGUGUGCUUUCAGUUCUUUCAAAGGACAACUGUUGGGAAAGGAGAGCCGAGUUGCCAGGUGGGAGGGGAGAAUUGGCAGGGAGAGACAGUACGGUAAAAUCUAGGAAUGAGACAUUCUUGACUCCUCUCUUCCCUGAUGUGUCAUGAUCCAGGGAAUGAAAAGAAAUUUGACCCUGGGUCAGUUUCCUCCUUGGAUUUUUCUUCCACCAAGUUCUCCCAUGCUAGGAUCAGCUGCCCAUUCUGAGCUCAGGGCAGCCUCUUCAACCAUUAACCUGGUUUGUGGAGAAGCCAGCCCCACCCCUCCAGAUUGGUCCUGGCUGCUCUGUUCUGUACCAAGUACUGGGGAAUAGUGUCAAGUUCUUAGUAGCCCCUUGUAGUUUCUACUCUAGAUUCCCAUCCUCUCCCCGCCAAGGUGAAACGAACUCUGUCUGUAGCCACAACACGCAUUUACAGCGGCACAGUGAGAUGUGAUUGAGGGGCUUUGAACCUGGCUGGCCCGGGAAAGCAGUAGGGGUGGACAGAGCUCUCUUUCCUUCUGGGCUGUCCACCUGUCCCUACCCCUUUCAUGCCCCACCCUACCCCCACCAAAAAAGAAAAAAUCAGGAUGUUUUUCACUGUCCAUUGCUUUGUGUUUUAAUAAACAAUUUGCAGUGACACUCCGUGUUGGGAUUGAGUUUGAAUUUGAUUGCAAA